CCAAAGAUGAGAGGACGAGUGAGCUAGAAUUGUAUGUAAUCCUUUCAUGUUAAAGAGAGAAUCAAUAAAUAAUAUUUGAAGGUAAGGUUGAUAAAAAAGGGGGAGUGGAAUAGUUCCACUUUUAUCUAUCUUAAGUUUAUGAUAUGCUUAUUUUUUUCAUGAAUGGUUUAUAUGCAAGUGUAUGACACGAUGACUCUUAUAAAGCUGUUUGGAUUUUGUUUUUUUUUUUUAUAGAUAUUUCAAAAGGAAUAGACAAAUACGAGAAUAAUUACAUGACCUUUAUAGGCCAAAUCACAAAAAGAGAAGGAACGACGGUUAUCCAUCGAUAAGAGUGCCUUUUUGCCAUGAUAUGGGUGGCUCUUUGUUUUUUUUUUUUUUUAUGAAGGUGAAAGUUGCAUUGAAAAGAAGAAGAAAGGAGGAAAAGAGUCUGAAAGCCGCACAAGAUGUGCAGACUCCUGACCCAACAUGUCCAAAUACAACAGCGGAUCAAACCCAGGGGAAGCAGCCCCCAAGCAAAAAAAAAAAAACAAACAAACAGAAGAAAGAACAAUAUGGGUGGCUCUUUGUUACCUCAGGAGUAUGGGGGAGAAUCCGUGACUUAACUUGUACCCUUUGCAGGGAGAAAGUCAUGAAUCGAACCCACUCAGUAAGAAGACAACAGUGCAUCGAAUCCAGCUCUGUCACGAUCAAGCUAGUGAUUUAGAAGGUCACUUCUAGAUCCCUAUGAGCAGAUGUACCUGCAAAAUUAACAAAGAAAUAGCCCCAACUAGGCAAGAGGCUGAGUCGUGGCAGACCAAACUCAUCCAACACAAAACCAUCAACCGAAAGACGUAUAAGAUAUAAAAAAUACUAGUUAACAAAUCGCUCAUUAGAAGGAAGCUUCAAAACUAUUUUCUUUACUAGGCUUGAAAAACUCACUGGCUAAAAUGGAAAGGCGAGAUUAGAAUGAUAAAUCGAGAGAAACUUCCAAACGAAAAUAUCGAGACAAGCAACUUUAACGUGGUAUCCCCGAGGUGUUCGGGACUAAUCCACGGGAGGGUUGAAUCCUCCAGCUACUGAUUUUAUUCCUCUUGAAUUGUUAACGGCAUAAGCCGAGUACAGGAGCUAUAUAAACCCUUUCGACAUGCAUCUAGGGUUAGCUUAUUAUUUGUGUCCUUGGAGAACGCGGAAACCAUGCAGGUCAUGGGUUGCUGCAUCUCGUCCGUGGGCUUCUGUGCCUCGGUCAUGGGCCGAGCCGACUUCUAGUCCAACACUCCCCCGCAAGCUGGAGCGUGAAGGUCAUGAACGUUCAGCUUGGAAAGAAGGAAGCGGAAGCGAUCAGUGCCCAAGCCUUUCGUGAGGAUAUCGGCAAGCUGCAAGUGAGUGCUGACCUUGAGAGGAAGAAUGGCGCCCGACUACACUCUUUCACGAACAAAGUAGCAAUCCAUUUCGACGUGUUUGGUGCGCUCAUGGAACACUGGAUUGGCAGAGAUGUGCAGAGCCGCCUGAUUAUCACAGUAUAGGGGAGUGGCUCGCUGUUGUGGGACACCAAGCUCAGCAAGUAACCAGCGGAGCCAGAGAAUUUCACUAACCGUACUAGCCAUAGCUCUAUAUUCCGCCUCGGCAGACGACUGUGCCACCACCUUUUGUUUCUUGGUCCGCCAGGAGACAGGAGCACCACCGAGAGUGAUGAAGUAUCCAGUCGUGGACCUACGAUUAUUCGCACAUCCAUCCCAAUCUGCAUCACAAUAGGCCGUUAGAGUAAGAUCGUUAUGUAAAGGGAAGAAAAUCGCUUUCCCUGGCGAGGUCUUAAAAUACCGGAGAAUGCGCAAGGCCACAUCCAUGUGACAGUGGCGGGGAGCAUUGACAAACUAGCUCAAGAUGUUAACCCCAUACGUGAUAUCCGGACGAGUGACCGUCAAGUAAAGGAGACGACCCACAAGUCGCCUAUACACUGAGGGAUCGGCAAGGGGAGCAUCAUCAGGAUCGGGGCGAGACAGGUGAUGAUUUUGCUCGACCGCGAACCUGCUAGGACGAGCUCCUUCCAUCCCUGCAUCUUCAAGAAUGUCCAACGCAUACUUACGCUGGCAGAGAACAACCCCAUCGCGAGUGCGUGCCACCUCCAUCCCAAGGAAAUAACGAAGAUCUUCCAAAUCCUUGAUGCUGAACUUCUCAUCUAGAAAACGCUUGACAUGGGUGAUGAAGGCCAGAUCAUUCCCAGUCAAAAGAACAUCAUCGACAUAAAUGAGAGCAACAACAAAGGUACUCCCCCGCCGAAAAAUAAACAACGAGUGGUCAGCGGGCGAGGAACGAAAACCAAGACUGCAAAGUGCUGUAGUGAACUUCUGGUACCAAUUACGAGAUGCCUGACGUAGGCCAUAAAGAGACUUGUAGAGGCGACAAACCCGGGUGUCACCAAGAGCCGCAAAACCGGGAGGAAGCUUCAUAUAGACUUCCUCAUCGAGGUCCCCAUGAAGGAAUGCGUUGUUGACGUCGAGUUGGUGAAGGUGCCAUCCUCGGCUAAUAGCGAUCCCAAGAAGACAUCGAACAGUGACCAGCUUGGCCACAGGAGCAAAGGUGUCGUAAAAAUCAAUUCCUUCGAUCUGAGUGUAACCCUUUGCCACUAGAUGAGCCUUGUAGCGUUCUAUAGACCCAUCGGGGCGAUAUUUGAUCUUGAAUACCCAUUUGGCUGCAAUGGUGCGCUUCCCAGGAGGCAGGGAGACGAGGCUCCAAGUGCCGUUUUGCUGGAGUGCACGAAUCUCAGCAAGCAUUGCCUCACGCCAACGGGGAUCGGCAAGUGCUUCUUGAACGGUACGCGGCUCAUCGUGACUGGUUACUGCAGCAAGAAAGGUGCGGUAAGCAGGGGUAAAUUUUUCAUAUGAAACAAAAUUUGAAAGUGGAUGAGUAACAGUAGUAGAGGUGCUUCCCUGUGAUAAAGAGUUGUCGGGUUGAUUUUCCUGUGAAGGAGCAGCAUAGAGUGGGGCAUAAUGGGUGUCGUAGAUGCCCAUGUGCUUGGGCCGUGUCCGGACGCGAUCACCACGGUGCACGGGCUGCUGUGGGGGACUUGGAUCAGGCGGGCCCGAAGUAGUGGCAGUGAAAGGUGGGCUUGCCACGGUUGAAGGCGAGGACGGCCCAGAAGGACUCGUGGGCGAAGGAGAGCUGGGAGUCACGUCGGGGGCACUCGCAUCAUUCGAAGCAGGCCCAACAGAAGGUGGGACUUGGGCCGGCCUAGAUGGGCUGAGGUCCGCCAGCAACUCGUCAUCGGAGUCAGGAUCGGUGGUGGAGAGAAUGGGCCGCGGGAUCCAGUAAAGGCGUCCGGAGGUAGCAGAGUGAAAAGGAAAUUCAUCUUCAAUAAAUUGAACAUCACGAG